AGACCAUGGAGGCCAUGAAUAUGUCGGGAGCCCAACGCCAGAGAUUGAUCGCGCGUGGGAUCUUUGACUUGAUACAAUAAACCAAGGAUUAAACAUUGAUUUGGAGGGUUCGAACGCCAAUCUGGAUGGAAGAACAAUUCAAUGGCCAGACUCUGAUCGUUACUUCACUGGACUCGAAGUCUUCCAUUCACUUCACUGCCUUGUAAGUACUGAAAUGCUAGAGGAUGACAUAAUACUUGGGAUGAAAUAGCUAACGUAAGGUUCAAGAACCGACUUCGUCAAGCAAUGUAUCCCACCUACUACGACGUCUUCAGCCAUCCGGACGACCCAUCUCGUGAAGAUCAUAUAGGUUCGUUACUCACUUACAUUCAUUUUCCCUUGCAAAUCAUCUCGCUCACGAGUGUAGGGCACUGCAUCAACCAUCUACGACAGGCAAUCCAGUGUCAUGCAGAUCUCACCCCAAUGGAAUGGAUCUUUGUGGAUAGGAAGAUUAUACUUAACACAGCCACCCACCACACCUGCCGGAAUUUCAACAAGAUUCAUGAGUGGGCAUGGCAGAGGCGUACAAAUUUCGAAGAAGUAGAGGCAGUGAGGAAUGGCAGCCUCUUUGUUGUGGACCUCCAAACAUUACCUAUUAUCUAGUCAAGUUUAGAGAUGAAGGACCGAUUAAUUAGUACUAAGUCCAGUAUAAGUAAGCCAGCUGGGGUGGUAUGAGAACUGGGUUGUGCAGUAUUUUGCUAAAAG